AUGUCAGAACUCACCCAACUUGUUUAUCUAGACGUGUCUUCCAAUAACCUCACAGGUACACUCCCUUCUUUCAAUAUGUCCAAGAACCUCACAUAUCUAUCCUUAUUUCUCAAUCACUUGAGCGGGGAUUUACCAUCCAGCCAUUAUGAGGGCCUUAAAAAUCUUGUCAGUAUUGAUUUAGGGUUCAAUUCUUUCAAAGGAAACGUGCCUUCCUCUCUACUUAAGCUCCCAUACUUACGAGAACUUAAGCUUCCCUUUAAUCAACUCAGUGGUCUCUUGAGUGAAUUUGAUAAUUUAUCGCUUCCUAAAUUGGAGAUGCUUGAUUUGGGAAACAAUAACUUACAAGGACAUGUUCCUUUCUCUAUCUUUAAACUUAGAACACUUCGUGUCAUUCAACUUUCUUUCAACAAGUUUAACGGCACAAUACAAUGGAAUGUCAUUCAAAGGCUACAUAAAUUAUAUGUACUAGGCUUAUCACAUAACAAUCUUACAAUUGAUGUCAGCUUUAGAAAAGAUCAUGUUGAUUUGUCACCCUUUCCAGAGAUAAGAAAUGUUAUGUUGGCUUCCUGCAAGUUAAGGGGAAUCCCAAGUUUCUUCAGAAACCAGUCCACAUUACUAUUUCUUGACUUAUCUGGCAACAAGAUUGAAGGGUCGAUACCAAACUGGAUUUGGAAACAUGAAUCUCUUCUUUACUUGAAUCUUUCCAAGAAUUCUCUGACUAGCUUUGAAGAAAGUAAUUGGAACUUGAGUUCUAACAUUUAUUUGGUUGAUCUUAGUUUUAACAAGUUGCAAGGGCCUAUUUCUUUCAUUCCAAAGUAUGCUUUUUAUUUGGGCUACUCCAGCAACAAGUUGAGCUCUAUCGUACCACCAGACAUCGGAAACUAUCUCCCUUCCAUAAAUAUAUUGUUUCUUUCAAACAAUAGUUUUAAGGGAGAAAUUGAUGGAUCCUUUUGCAAUUCUUCAAGCCUACGCUUGUUAGACCUCUCCUACAACAACUUUGAUGGGAACAUUCCCAAGUGUUUUGCAACCCUGAGUAGCAAACUGGGGAUGUUGAACUUUGGAGGAAACAAGCUUCGUGGUCAUAUCCCUGAUACUAUUUCCCCAAAUUCAUGUGCACGAAGAUAUUUGAAUCUGAAUGACAAUUUGUUGAACGGUACCAUACCGAAAUCUUUAGUCAAUUGCAAUAAACUGCAAGUCCUAAACCUUGGAGAUAAUUUUUUCAGUGAUAGAUUUCCAUGUUUCUUGAGAAAUAUUUCCACCCUGAGAAUCAUGAUUUUAAGGUCAAAUAAGCUCCAUGGGUCUAUUGAAUGUCCAAAUAGCACUGGUGAUUGGGAGAUGCUUCAUAUUGUUGAUCUAGCCUCCAAUAACUUGAGCGGAACAAUACCGGUUUCUCUAUUAAAUAGUUGGAAGGCAACGAUGCGUGAUGAAGGUGUUCUUGGCCCAGAAUUUGGCCAUAUGUUUUUCGAUCUCGAUGAUAACUUUCAUCCUGUGAGUUUUAAGAGUGUGUUACCAACUUUGGGCAAAUCUGUGUCAAUGAACUUGAUUAAACUCCUUGGAAAAAUGUCUCGCUCUAUUAUUGACCAGGUGUAUUCUGACUUUAAAAUUCUUGCUCGUUAUCAAGAUUCAAUUAUUAUUGUCAACAAAGGUCAUCAGAUGAAGCUUGUCAAAAUUCAAAGUGCCUUCACUUAUGUUGAUAUGUCAAGCAACUAUUUAGAGGGGCCAAUACCGAAUGAGUUAAUGCAAUUCAAGGCAUUGAAUGCUCUAAAUUUGUCGCAUAAUGCAUUAACAGGCCAUAUACCAUCAUCAGUGGGGAAUUUGAAGAAUCUUGAAUCUAUGGACUUGUCAAACAACUCCUUGAAUGGAGAGAUUCCUCAAGGGCUUUCAAGUAUAAGUUUCCUUGAAUAUAUGAAUCUAUCAUUCAGUCACCUGGUUGGGCGAAUUCCUUUGGGAACUCAAAUUCAAUCAUUUGAUAUAGAUUCCUUUGAAGGGAAUAAAGGGUUAUGUGGAUCUCCACUAACAAACAAAUGUGGCGACGAUGGAAAUCAAGGGUUGCCACCACCAGCAUCUGAAACACCUCAUACCAAUUAUGAGAGUUCAAUUGAUUGGAGUUUCUUAAGUAUGGAGUUGGGAUGUAUUUUUGGCCUUGGAAUUUUCAUCCUUCCUCUUAUUUUCUUGAUGAAAUGGAGGUUGUGGUAUUUCAAACUUGUCGAUGACAUACUUUACAAGUUCAUCCCCCAGCUUGAUUUUGUGUAUGAACAACAUAAAGGGAAGAGGUAUAGAACUCUGAGGCGGAGGUACUGA